UGCCAAAAAAAAAUCAGCGGUCAUGUGAUUGUUUUUCUCAGGUAGUGAGAAACAGAAACACACAGCUUGUCUGGUGUUUUGUCGGCAGAAAUGUAACACAAUUCAUCCGCUUUUAUGGCCACACGCUGUUUUACAUCCACCACAACGGAGCGAGCUUUCUCCACCAAGUGUCUUUGCUUUAAAAGGCCCCAGUUUGUGGUUCAGCAGUGAAGCCGUUCUCCGUCUGAGCAUCAGUCACUCUUCAGUUUUCCUGGUCGCCAUGCUUCACUGACAUCACUUUACAGACUGAGUAUUUGCUGGCUGAGCUGACUGCCAUGCCACAACCAAAUGGCUACUCCAUCAACUCGGCGCCUUCGAACGACGGCGAGGACGAUGAGCCCCUCAUCGAGACCGAUGCAGUUCCUCCUCAGUGCUGCUCGGCUCGCCUCAACCUUGCCUUCCUCAUGUUCCUGGGGUUCUCCGUGGUCUACGGUCUCCGUGUCAACCUCAGUGUUGCCAUGGUCGCCAUGGUGAACACCACUGACCCCAGACCAGCCCAGAACAGGUCCAUCAUCCACGCUUGUCCACUGCCGCCAGGGACGGAAAACAAUAGUGACGCGUUCCUACAACCUGGGGGGACCCCUCAGUACCCGUGGGACUCGGAGACUCAGGGCUGGCUCCUGGGGGCUUUCUUCUUCGGCUACCUGAUCACACAGAUCCCUGGAGGUUACCUGGCCGGUCACUACGGGGGGAGUAUCUUCAUGGGUUUGGGUGUGCUGGGCACGGCUGCCCUCACCCUCCUCACCCCUCUGGCUGCUCAGUUCGGGCCGUACUGGCUGUUUGCACUGCGAGCUUUGGAGGGCUUCGGGGAGGGCGUGACAUUCCCGGCCAUGAUGGCGAUGUGGGCUCGGUGGGCCCCUCCUCUGGAGCGCUCUCGCCUGAUGACCCUGUCGGGAUCCGGGGCCAGCUUUGGAGCCUUCCUGGCUCUGCCGCUCACCGGCUACAUCUGCCAAACUCUGGGCUGGCCCGCUGUCUUCUACCUCUGUGGGGGUGCCGGCUGCCUCUGGGCCGUCUUUUGGUUUAUUUUUGUGUCUGAUGACCCUCGCACUCAUCGUCGAAUCAGCAAAGAGGAGAGAGAUUACAUCAUAAACUCUAUUGGACCUCAGGGUAAAGGUCAUGGCUGGUCCGUGCCCGUGCUGCCCAUGAUGCUGUCCGUCCCCCUGUGGGCGAUCAUCAUCACCCAGAUGUGUUCAAACUGGUCCUUCUACACCCUGCUCACCUCUCUGCCCACCUACAUGAACGACAUCCUGCACUUUGACCUCCAGUCGAACGGUUUCCUGUCCGCUCUGCCGUACCUCGGCAGCUGGUUGUUCUCCACGCUGUCCGGGGUCGUGGCCGACAGCCUCAUCGAGAAGAAGGUGUUCAGCGUCACUGUCGUACGGAAGCUCUUCACACUCACAGGGAUGUUGCUGCCUGCAGCUUUCCUCGCCGCCUUGGGUUACGCCGGCUGCAGCCACAUCCUCACCGUCACCUUCCUCACACUGUCCACAACCACAGGAGGGACCAGCUCCGCCGGAGUCUUCAUCAACCAGAUAGACAUCGCUCCUCGAUACGCAGGAUUUCUCCUGGGAAUCACCAACACGUUCGGGACCAUUCCUGGUGUCGUGGCACCGAUCGUUACAGGAUACUUCACAAAAGACCACACGCUGGAGGGCUGGAGGAUGGUGUUCUGGGUCGCAGCCGGGAUCAACGUCGGUGGCGCUCUCUUCUACAUGAUAUUUGGCAGCGGGAAGAUUCAGCCAUGGGCCGUCACAGAGGAGGAGAGGGCAGAGGCGGGGAAAAAGAGGAGCAGGUCCAUCUCGACAUGAACAUAAAUACAUCCGACACACCGCCAUGACACAAAGACAACACCACAGACAAAACUGUAAAAGACAGAUAUACAGUUACAGGAUUUUAAUUAGUGUACUGAGAGUCAGAGACUUAGAGUUCUGCCUCUGUGAAUUGAUAUAUAUAUAUAUAUCAUACAAAAUGAAGAGUGUGAGAGGUUUAUCUCCACAGAAAAAACAGAUAUAAAAAAUGUGGCCACAGAACAAUAGUAUUAGGUAAACAAGGCUAAACAUUCAUAUCAUUCAACUGCUAUAUCUUGGUGACGUAAUAUUGGUUUCCACAGUGUUUUAUCUAUAAUAUGAAGCUGUGUUUCUGGGGCCAGUUGCACAAAACGCCUUAGGUUAAGAUUUUUACUUAAAGUCUGAGUUAACUUUCCUUAAAAUAAAAGCUUCUCCUUUAGUCUUCUCCUUAAGGUUUCAUUAUAAUGUUCACUUAUAUUUAAAGUUUUCUCCUUAUCUUAAGGAAACUUAAAGUCAGUUAAACCGUUGCAUAAAAGACCGUAGCAACCAAAGUAAGGGAAAAAACGAAACCUCUGUUCUCCUCAGAACAAGAGGCUGAGAUAAUAGGUAUCACAACAGCAAAUCAACAGUCUCUAUGAAAACAGUAGAAUUUCACUACUAUUGGCUAUUGAUUGACUACUGACAUGAUUCAACAGCUGCUGGACGCUCGCUGCCAUUCCCGGUCAAGUUGUUGUUUUUUCUUUUAUUUCUCUUCUGUUUACUGUUGAAGAAAAGUUUAGUUUUAAAGUACAACUCUUUGCAUUAGACCAAUAUUUACAUUAUGACCAGCAAUAUUUGCACAAUAUACAGUAUAAUUCAUGGACUACACAACACCUCAGGUCAGACCAAAUCAAAUCAAUCACAUUCAUGUUUCAUAGACUUUUUUUUUUUUAAGCUUUUUCUUGGACAAUGAAGGAAAUGGGUUGGAAAGUUUUGUGAUCAAAGCACAUGCCUUUAGCUGCUUUGUUUACAGCCGUGUCUGUUUUCUGACCACUUCUCGUCUGUCCAGCACGACCAAAACAAGCACUUUCCACGUACAAAGAUACACCAGCAGCCUUAUGUUUGAUAUUAAUAUUUAGCAAAAUAAACUUUGUAGCGGAAGGUUUUAUCCAGUGUUGAGGAAACCAAAGCAUCCUCCACUGCCAGGAUCUGAACGUUAUUAUUCUAAGUACCUUACUAUAAUAAUUUAUCAGAACACUAUAGUUUUGUGUUUAACUCUUAAGGAAUAACUGGAUGUUUCAGUUUUCAGGUCACUUUCCCACCAAGAUGCUGCCUUUAUCCUUAAUCUCUUCUACUACAAUAAUUAUUGUUUUUAUGCAACAAAGACUUUUUAAAAAAAAAAAAAAAAAAAAACAUUUUUAUAAAUUCAUGCAGUUUAUCAAAGUACACUGUGAUUGUAAAUACAUGAUUUUGUUGUUUUUAAAAGGAUGCAAUAAUUUAUUUACCUUCUCUGUGCUUGGGAAAUGUGUGAUGUUAUACAGAUGUGUUCAAGUUUUAGUUCAUUUUAUUGUGAAAAGAAUCAAGAAGGAGGAAAAAGACUCAAAUCUGUGGCAUCUGAGUGGAGUCAUGUCGCACAUGUUAAGCAUUUUAAUUUAUAUAGACAGUUUGUACAUGUGUCAACGUUAUUGCAUCGUCGCAGUUUGUUAUAAUCUGACAUACAGCAGAGGAGAUGUACACGGGCACAUAUGUGGCGAAAACCAACAUUUAAAGGUUUCCAGGAUUCAAGAUGCUGUUACUGAACCAGUCAUGAUGUGAUGUCUCUUCUGCUGCUGCUGCACCAAGGUGUCACACAAAGCUGCUUUUAUAUCAUGACUUUAUGCCAGUGAUGCAGAUUCUUGUGACCCAUCAUGACUAAACAUAUACCCAAGUGAUGAGGAGAUCUGCUGAGCCAAAGCCUGGACUCCCCUCCCUUCCUUUUGACCAGCCACCAAAAAUAUCUCUGUUGUUUUCUUCAUAUAUAUAUAUUUUUUAUCUUCAUUUGACAAUAACAUUUAGUCUAAUGUUAAUUUUAUCUCCCAACAUAAACGUUUAUACUGUGUGUAAAUCCUCUUUCAACAGGAGAAUGUACGCUCGUUUUUCCAGUUUAUUAGGAACACCCGUCGUUUUAUGUUGAAACUGUUUCAGAGAGCUGUUGUGUUGUUGUGAUCCAGAUUUCACUUUAACAGCACCACAGACAGAACAACCACAACUUCCUUCAAAAUAAUCACACAGCUGAAUCAGCACCUCUCUAAAACAGUUUCAGUAAAAAUUCAUUACAAUCUUCAAGAAUAAAUUGACAACUGUGUGUAAUUCUGGUGAAAAAAUAUUAAUUUCCUAUAUAUAAAAUUAAGAUUUGACAAAUUGACUACUAUCAAAAAAGAAAACCAGAAUUAGCAUAAUAAGACUCGCCAUGUGUGAUUUAUGUGUAAUUCUAGAACGUACACUCCUCAGGGACAAAACUACAGACAGGUCCUCGGUGCCUGAGACACAAAGAAACAACACAUUUUGUUUUUAUUUACAGUAUCGGUGUGUUUCAUUCUUAAUGCAUGCUACUGCUGUUAGUAAUGUUUACUUUGUAAUCUCUCCAGAUAUACACACAGAUUGUCCUCCGUCUUGUUUGAGUCCACCAGCUGUUUGGAUGUUUUCAUGAAUCUGUUGAGGAGUUUAUUUCCACUGCAUCGGGUUUUUGAUACAUAUCAAAUAGGUACAUUAAGAAAAAAGAAACAUAAAUAAAUAAAAAGAUGAAUGAAAAAUAGA